AUGACCCAGGUCCCCAAGUCUCCAGGUCCCAACCCCCACGUCCAGCUCCAGGUAGGCCCCAAGCCUCCAGGUUCCACCUACAUGUCCAGGAUCCUGCUGACGGUGGUGGUCAUCUUCCGCAUCCUCAUCGUGGCCAUCGUGGGCGAGACCGUCUACGAGGACGAGCAGACCAUGUUCAUGUGCAACACCCUGCAGCCGGGCUGCAACCAGGCCUGCUACGACAAGGCCUUCCCCAUCUCCCACAUCCGCUACUGGGUCUUCCAGAUCAUCCUGGUCUGCACGCCCAGCCUCUGCUUCAUCACCUACUCCGUCCACCAGUCGGCCAAGCAGCGGGAGCGCCGCUACUCCUUCCUCUACCCGCUCCUGGACGCCAAGAAGACCCCCAAGAACACCCCCGGGACGUCGGGCCCCGAACUCCUGCCCAAAGACGACGCUUUGGAUACCAAAGAACUUCCCGGGCCUCUCCCGCGGCCUCCUCGGAGUUCUAAAGCCAAACGCCAGGAGGGGAUCUCCCGUUUUUACGUCAUCCAGGUGGUGUUCAGGAACGCUCUGGAGAUCGGGUUCUUGGCCGGGCAGUAUUUCCUCUACGGUUUCAACGUCCCGGCCAUUUUCGAGUGCGACCGCUCUUUCGAGUGCGACCGCUACCCCUGUGUGAAGGAGGUGGAGUGCUACGUGUCCCGGCCCACCGAGAAGACCGUCUUCCUGGUCUUCAUGUUCGCCGUCAGCGGCGUCUGCGUCCUCCUCAACCUGGCCGAGCUCAACCACCUGGGCUGGCGCAAG